AUGAAUACUCUUGCACUCACAAGCAAGAAUAACACAUGUAUCUGUUUGUAUUUGUUUGUGGCUGUUUGUAUGUUUGUGUAUGUGUUUGUACGUUCUUGCGUAUGUGUUUGUACGUGUUUAUGUACGUGUUUGUACGUGUUUGUACGUGUUUAUGUACGUGUUUGUACGUGUUUGUGUAUGUUUGUAUGUGUUUUUACGUGUUUAUUUAUGUUUGUAUGUUCUAACGAAAGCAUAUGUAUGUGUGAGUGUGUGUGUGUGUUCACGCUCCUUUCUGUCUGCUUACGUCUUUAUGUUGAAAUAUUUAAUAUGUUUGUGUGUCUUUAUCUGCGUGUACGUGUGUAUGGAUUGAAUGCGCUUGUACAUGUGCAUGAAUGA